CUUUGUGGACCGGCGUCCGGUGAGAAACUGGUGUCCUGAAGGAAGAGAACUAAAGACAACAAACUCAAAGGCAAUCCAUUAAGUGUUGGGUUCAUUUUCUAGAAUUUUAGAAGUGGUGUUGAUUUGGAUGGUUGUCAAAUCAAUUUUCUAUUUAUAUGUUUAAAAACCGUAGAAAAGAUACAAAGCACAAACACCUUGCAUCUGUAGUGAAACAUUCCAUGGCAUUGCAGAAAUCCUGCAGCAGAGCACUGUGUUUUGGACAGUACAGUGUUGUUAUUGGAGCGAUUGGAGCUCUUCUCUGGACACAAGGAAUUCAAAGGAAUCUGACAGGAAUGGCUUCUUAUAGUGCCGGAAGCAAUUCCAUUGCAUACAUUACAGCACCUUCAGAGGAAGUCGCAUCUAAGUUAGCUCGCGCUCUGGUUCAACAGAAAAUGGCAGCUUGUGUCAACAUUGUACCCAAAGUACUAUCAGUCUACGAAUGGGAAGGAAAGCUAAAUGAAGAUUCAGAAGUUUUAAUGAUGAUUAAAACAAGGACAUCACGUGUGCCAGACAUAGUAGAGUUGAUGAAGAAGGAGCAUCCAUAUGAUUGCCCUGAAGUUAUUUCAGUUCCGAUUGAAAGUGGAAGUCAGAAGUACCUGGAGUGGGUUAAGGAAUGUGUGCCUGAAAAAUAAUAGAAGAAAAAAAAAGCAGAG